AUGCGUGAGUUCUCCCUUGACAUGGCUGUGCAGUCUUAGAUACGACGGAACACUGAUACGAAAAACAGACAUUGAACGUCAGUGACACAGCGCAAGGAUCAAUCCGGCUCAUUGGGACCCUAAAUGCGAUCGAGCAACAAGAUCCGCUCGAGACGCGCAAAGUGUGGGAUGACGUUUCGCAAGCUUUGCUGCGGAAGGACUUUUCCAGUAAAUAGAUCGAAGCUAAUUCCCUUCCGUGAGAUUACAAAAACUGAUAAUCCUUCCGUCCCCGUCUUGCAGCCGCGGGGAAGAACAAACAAGCGCUGGAGCAACACCAGCGCGACAAAGCCGAAGGACGCAAGAAGAGUGGUGAGGUCUACACGCCGCGCUUCUUCCAACCUGAAGCAGAGGGGGACGCAUGGGACGGGCGACCAACGUUGACGCAGGAGGGGUCGGAGGCGAUCGAGAAGGAGUUCAAGGCUGAAUAUCCGAAGCCUGAUGUGAAGGAGGUGGCGGCGGCAGCCGCUGUUUAG